CCCAUCCGUCCGUCUGCCAUGCCUUCCCGGGUGGAGGACUACGAGGUGCUGCACAGCAUCGGCACCGGCUCCUACGGCCGCUGCCAGAAGAUUCGGCGGAAGAGCGACGGCAAGAUACUGGUAUGGAAAGAACUUGACUAUGGCUCCAUGACAGAGCUGGAGAAGCAAAUGCUUGUGUCUGAAGUGAACUUGCUUCGGGAGCUGAAGCAUCCCAACAUCGUCCGGUACUAUGAUCGCAUUAUCGACCGAACCAACACGACCCUGUACAUCGUCAUGGAAUACUGUGAAGGAGGGGACCUGGCUAGUAUCAUUACAAAGGGGACCAAGGAUAGACAAUACUUAGAGGAAGAAUUUGUCCUUCGAGUGAUGACUCAGCUGACCCUGGCCCUGAAAGAGUGUCACAGACGGAGUGAUGGGGGCCACACUGUGCUUCAUCGGGAUCUGAAGCCCGCCAACGUCUUCCUGGACAGCAAACACAAUGUCAAGCUUGGGGACUUUGGAUUAGCUAGAAUAUUAAACCAUGACACGAGUUUUGCAAAAACGUUUGUUGGCACACCUUAUUACAUGUCUCCUGAGCAAAUGAGCCUCUUAUCCUACAAUGAGAAGUCGGACAUCUGGUCGCUGGGCUGCCUGCUGUAUGAGCUGUGUGCACUAAUGCCUCCAUUUACAGCUUUCAACCAGAAGGAGUUAGCUGGGAAAAUCAGAGAAGGGAGAUUCAGGCGAAUCCCUUACCGCUACUCGGAUGGGUUGAAUGCCCUCAUCACUCAGAUGCUGAACUUAAAGGAUUACCAACGACCGUCAGUGGAAGAGAUUCUGGAGAGCCCUCUGAUAGCAGACCUGGUCGCAGAAGAGCAAAGGAGAAAUCUGGAGAGGAGAGGACGGCGCUUAGGCGAGCCUUCGAAGCUGCAGGACUCCAGCCCUGUGCUAAGUGAGCUCAAGCUGAAGGAGAAGCAGCUGCAGGAUCGAGAGCGUGCACUCAGAGCUCGAGAGGACAGCCUGGAGCAGAAGGAACGUGAACUUUGUAUUAGAGAGCGACUAGCAGAGGACAAACUGGCCAGAGCCGAGAGUCUGGUGAAGAGCUGCAGCUGGCUGAAGGAGCAGAGGUUCCUGUGUGUGGCUGGCGGCCCAGAACUUGAUCUUCCGUCCUCAGUAAUGAAGAAAAAAGUUCAUUUCCAUGGGGAAAGCAAAGAGAACGCCACAAGGAGCGAGAAUUCUGAGAGCCAGCUUGCCAAGUCCAAGUGCAAAGACCUGAAGAAGAGGCUACAUGCUGCCCAGCUGCGGGCUCAAGCCCUGUCAGAUAUUGAAAGAAACUACCAGCUGAAGAGCAGGCAGAUCCUGGGCAUGCGCUAGGCCAGCAAGCUGUGGAGCUGGGGCGGUGCUUGAUACCAGCAACCCACUGGAGAUGGGAAUCCAGCUGCUGUAGUUUUGUGUGUCUGGGUCUGUGAGCUGCACCUUGUGUGUCGCGAGCAUGACCCUGGGAUUGUUUGUGGUCUUUCAGCAACGCAUCUACAAGACAGCCAUGUCUUCCUCCUAAUAUCCCUGGGGGAGGCAUCGUGCCUUUGCUGCCUGUUGCGCUUUUAUCCCAUGUGCGAUUACUACUGGGAAUAUGAGCUGAACACUGUGGGUCUUAGGAGAAAAUAAUGUUAGGGAAAGAACACUUAAGCUAGAGGACGCACUGAGGUGUCACGUGACUGAGGGAUACAGCCUUCGCUGC